AUGGCGGUGAUGAUGACUGGCCGUGUGCUGCUGGUGUGUGUCCUCUGCGUGCUGUGGUGCGGUUCUUCUAGAAUUGCAGCCAGCGGCGUUUAUGCGAGUGGCGUUGAGGACAGUGGACGGGGAGGCUGCAUGGUGUCGGGAGUGUUGGGUACGAAUUGGUCUUACACGCCGAGCGGAUGUAAUAAAACUGUGCCCAUGACGGCUUUGCGUUCUGUCUUUUCUGUCUUUGCUGCUGAGGCCUCGACUGAGCAAGAGGAUUCUGAAACCGACACUGUUCCGGAUUCACCUUCAGGUGAUGGCCCUGAUUCUGUUUCUGGCAGUCCUGUUGGAAGUGUAGUUAUCGGUGGCAGUAAAGUUGUUGACAGUACACUUGGUCGUUUGAAUGUGGUGCCUCCUGAUACCCGCGUUGCUGUUGCUUCUCCGCCUCCCUCAGCCCCCGAGACUGAUGCUUCACUGCUUCACAAGGUCUCGCAAUCCACUGAGAAGCAUAAUUCUUCAGAAAAACUUGUAGAUUUAAAAACAAAAACGCCUGCAGGGACUCCACCGCUCAGCAAUCAGGCAAGUAAGGAAUCAUUACCCACAGUAAAGCCAGAAUCCCCCACCACAUCAGACUCAACAGUUACGGUGAAGGGUACGGAUCAGAUUUCAGAAGAAAAGCUUGCUGUGUUACAGGGACCAAGUACGGUCAAUGCUGGAGAGGACGGGAAAAAAGCCGUUACGGAAAUAAAACCAAAUACGACCACCAAUACGCCAGACGCAGCACCGACACUGUCCUCAGAGGGUGAUGUGACAGAGCAACACGGUAAGGACACAGACUCACCGAAUUUCAUGAAUAAUGCAAAUACAGGCAGUUCGGCGGAAACAACAGCAUCAUCAUUCUCCAAAAGUGGCGGUAUUGACGCCCCGAAAAAUGAGAGUGAGGAUGAGGGCGAUGCUCAACGGCCUAAGAGCAAAGAACCACAAGAAAAACCCGAGGACAGUAAUACCAACGAUGCUCCUACAGAAAAUGAAACUGCACCACAAACAGAGAAACCAUUCGGCUCCGCUCAAACGAAUGAUACAUCUAAGAUUGGCGACAGCGACGGCAGCACCGCGGUCUCCCACACCACCUCCCCUCUUUUGCUUCUUCUUCUUGUUGUUGCGUGUGCGGCUGCGGCUGCGGUGGUGGCCGCGUGA